AUGUUUGAACUAUAUAGCCCUGUCAAGAUCCUCGCAUCUGUUGCAACAACACUUUCAUUUGGAUACUCAUCAGGUUUGGUGACCAGAACCAGCGUUAACACAUGGUACCCUACUCUCAUUAAACCAUGGUUUACACCACCAAACAAGCUUUUCCCAAUUGCUUGGUCAUCCUUGUAUUUGGUCAUGGGUAUUGCUGCUGGUAUAGUAUGGUCACACGCUAGUAAGGGUAAUAAACUAGCAGCAACAGGCCUCAAACAUUUUGCUGUUCAAUUUGGUUUAAACAUGCUCUGGAGCUAUCUCUUCUUUGGUCUCAAAUCACCGGGUCUUGGACUAAUUGAAGUAACUGCGUUAUGGUUUUCUAUUUACAAAACAUGGUCGGUGUUCACACUUGUCGACCCUACUGCUGGGUGGCUUAUGGUCCCAUACUUAUCUUGGGUAAGUUAUGCAACUGUGCUCAAUGCUAGUAUUUGGUGGUUAAACCGUUGA